GUAGGAGGGGAUGCUUGGGCUAAGGGUUUUUGAGUAUUUAUAACACAAAAUCCCUCUCUCGCCUUCAUCUAGAAAUAUAGCAGGCAGGAGAUAGCUAGCUAGCUAGAAAGAGAGAGAGUGGAAUAGAUUGGAAAGUAGGGCUUUUCUCUCUCUAAAAGAAAGAAAGAAAAUAAAGAAGGAAAGCAGUGAGCAAUGGAAGGAAUUACAGAGGGUGUUACCAACUUAAACAUCACAGCAGCAGCAGAUUCAGGCAAUAACAAGAAGAACCGAAUCCAAGUUUCUAACACCAAAAAACCUCUUUUCUUCUACGUUAAUCUCGCCAAGAGGUACAUGCAACAGCACAAUGAAGUGGAGCUCUCUGCUCUUGGGAUGGCAAUAGCCACUGUUGUUACCAUUGCUGAGAUCUUGAAGAAUAAUGGACUUGCUGUUGAGAAAAAGAUCACGACGUCCACAGUUGACAUGAGGGAAGAAACAGGAGGGCGUCCUGUUCCGAAAGCUAAGAUUGAAAUAUUGCUCGGCAAGACAGAAAAGUUUGAUGAGUUGAUGGCUGCCGCUGCUGCACAGGAAGCAGAAGAUGCAGAGGAGCAGAGCUGAGCUUGAAAUGAUGAAUUUAGCUUGUCCUCUUGAGUUCCUUUAUUAUGGACAUAUGUAACCCGCCUAUCAUAGAUUCGAACUAUCAAUGUUUAGUUGCUGUGAUGAUAUUUCUCUUAGGAGAUUUUGUAAAAACAAUGCCUUCGCAAAUUCAAAAUUCAAAUUUGUUUCCAA